AUGUCCGACGAGGCGUCAGCCACCACUUCGUACGAGAAGUUUCUAACUCCCGAGGAGCCCUUCCCGCUUCUGGGACCCCCUCGUGGGGUGGGCACCUGCCCGAGCGAGGAGCCGGGCUGCCUGGACAUCAGCGACUUCGGCUGCCAGCUCUCGUCUUGCCAUCGCACGGACCCGCUCCACCGCUUCCACACCAACAGGUGGAACUUAACUUCCUGUGGAACAAGUGUGGCCAGCUCAGAAUGCAGUGAAGAACUGUUUUCAUCCGUUUCUGUUGGAGACCAAGAUGAUUGCUAUUCCCUAUUAGAUGAUCAAGAGUUCACAUCUUUUGAUUUAUUUCCUGAAGGGAGUGUCUGCAGUGAUGUCUCUUCUUCUAUUAGCACAUACUGGGAUUGGUCAGAUAGCGAAUUUGAAUGGCAGUUACCUGGCAGUGACAUUGCCAGCGGGAGUGAUGUACUUUCUGAUGUCAUACCCAGUAUUCCAAGUUCACCUUGCCUGCUUCCUAAAAAGAAAAACAAGCACCGGAAUUUAGAUGAACUUCCUUGGAGUGCAAUGACAAACGAUGAACAGGUGGAAUAUAUUGAGUAUCUGAGUCGUAAAGUCAGUACUGAGAUGGGUCUUCGGGAACAACUUGAUAUUAUUAAAAUAAUUGAUCCUUCUGCUCAAAUCUCCCCUACUGACAGUGAGUUUAUUAUUGAACUUAACUGUCUCACAGAUGAAAAACUGAAGCAGGUCAGAAACUAUAUCAAGGAGCAUAGCCCUCGCCUACGGCCCACAAGAGAGGCCUGGAAGAGAAGCAAUUUUAGUUGUGCAAGCACCAGUGGAGUGAGCGGCGCCAGUGCCAGUGCCAGCAGCAGCAGUGCCAGCAUGGUCAGUUCUGCAAGCAGCAGUGGGUCCAGUGUUGGAAACUCUGCUUCAAACUCCAGUGCCAACAUGAGUCGAGCACACAGUGACAGCAACUUGUCUGCAAGUGCAGCAGAACGGAUUCGGGAUUCAAAAAAGCGAUCCAAACAGCGGAAGUUACAACAGAAGGCCUUACGCAAGAGGCAGCUGAAAGAGCAGAGGCAGGCUCGGAAGGAGAGGCUCAGUGGGCUCUUCCUUAAUGAAGAAGUGCUGUCCUUGAAAGUGACUGAGGAAGACCAUGAAGCAGAUGUAGAUGUUUUGAUGUAA